GGUCACAUGACUCUCGGCCCGGAAGCUCUUGAGUCGAAAUCACCACCUCUCGGAUGACCCGGUUUGUAGCUGCUGGUUCCAGUGAUCUCCCCCUGUCCCACGCUAUGGCCUGGACCAAGUACCAGCUGUUCCUGGCCGGGCUCAUGCUGGUCACCGGCUCCAUCAACACGCUUUCUGCAAAGUGGGCCGACAACUUCAAAGCCGAAGGCUGUGGAGGAAGCAGGGAGCACAACUUUGAACAUCCCUUCCUCCAGGCAGUGGGCAUGUUCCUGGGAGAGUUUUCCUGCCUCGCUGCCUUCUACCUGGUCCAGUGCAGGGCCACAAGACAGUCCGACUCCAGUGUAGAGCCCCAGCAGUCCUUCAACGCCCUGCUUUUCCUGCCCCCAGCCCUGUGUGACAUGACUGGAACCAGCCUCAUGUACGUGGCCCUGAACAUGACCAGUGCCUCGAGCUUCCAGAUGCUGCGGGGUGCAGUGAUCAUCUUCACAGGCCUGUUCUCAGUGGCCUUCCUGAACCGGAGGCUGGCACCAAGCCAGUGGGUGGGCAUCCUGGCCACCAUUGUGGGACUGGUGGUGGUUGGCCUCGCUGACCUCCUGAGCAAGCAUGACAGCCAACACAAGCUCAGCGAAGUCAUCACAGGUGACUUGUUGAUCAUCAUGGCCCAGAUCAUCGUUGCCAUCCAGAUGGUGCUAGAGGAGAAGUUUGUCUACAAACACAAUGUCCACCCUCUCAGGGCAGUGGGCAUCGAGGGCUUCUUUGGCUUCGUGAUCCUCUCGCUGCUCCUCGUGCCCAUGUACUACAUCCCAGCUGGCUCCUUUAGUGGGAACCCUCGUGGGACGCUGGAGGAUGCUCUGGACGCCUUCUGCCAGGUGGGCCGACAGCCCCUGAUUGCCGUGGCUCUGCUGGGCAACAUCAGCAGCAUCGCCUUCUUCAACUUUGCGGGGGUCAGUGUCACCAAGGAACUGAGUGCCACCACCCGCAUGGUGCUCGACAGCUUACGCACCGUGGUCAUCUGGGCCUUGAGCCUCGCACUGGGCUGGGAGACCUUCCACCCACUGCAGAUCCUUGGUUUCUUCAUCCUCCUCAUGGGCACCGCCCUCUACAAUGGACUGCACCGUCCACUGCUAGCCUGCCUGUCCAGGGGCUGGCAUCCCCCGACGCAAGAGGGUGAGCAAGAGAGACUGCUGGGUGACAGCCGGACUCCUAUCAAUGAUGCCAGCUGAGCCCCUGGUGGGGAUCUCUGCUGCCACCAGAUGGCUGAGGUCAUGCAGAAUGGUGGGCUGUGAGUGCCCUGUCCCCAAGGCCUCACCCCACCCCUCCCUACUGACCCCUUCGGGCAGCUGUUGCCAGAGAGGAUGGCAGAACACCAGGUCCUCUCUUAUUCCUGAAGCCUAUAAUGUUGGGACUCAGGCUCCACAGGCCCGGGUAUGGCAUCCACUCUCAGCCCUCCGAGUUCUUCCUGCAAAAAUGUGAACUUGAGUGGCAGGAAUUUACAACCCUAGUAUUUCUGUGUAAUACACUAACUUGUUACAGUAGAUUAUCUAGCUUAUGAAUCAUAAGCUACAAAGAAUUCAAUGAGCAGGUUCAAAUCAGAGCUUAGAGAUGUAUUCUCCAAACUUAAGCCUGUCUGGAGACCUAGGUUCGGGCUCAGACUUGGCUGCAGACUCCGUGUGUGCACCGGGUCUGUCCACUCUGGAGCACGGGUGGACAUGAUGUGGUUUCGGUGCCUUGCAGCCCCAGCAUUCUGUGGGCCUCUGAUUGUCACUAGCAUUAGAAAAGAGGAGUGGUACCUCUCCCUCACCAUGGUGGGUUUAUUUUUUUUUUUUUCUACUCUGCAGCCCUGGCUGUCCUGAAACUUAUGAUGUAGUCCAGGCUGGCCUGGAACUCAUGAUGUAGACCAGGCUGGCCUCAGACUCACAGAGAUCCACCUGUCCCUGCUUCCUCAGUGCUGGAAUUAAAGGUGUAUGUCACCAUGCCCAGCACCUCGUUGAUGCUGUCUUCUUCAUACUCCAAGGUGCCCCUUCUUGGGAAAGACUAUAGGGAGACUUCAGGCAGCCCUUGGUAAUCACUUCACGAUCCCAUUUUGUUUUGUUUGAAGCAAGGUCUUGCGUAGCGCCAGCAUCAACUUCCUAUGCAGCCCCGAGCUGGGGCACACUCAGUCCUCCUGGCUCAGCCUCCCACGUGUUGAAAUGACAGGCAUAUGCUACCAUGCCUGGGUAACUUCCAUUUUUAGGUAAGGAAACUGAGUUUUGUAACUUGUUCGGCAAGAGGACUCUGUCUCUAGCUGUGAAAUUGGGCCAAAGACCUGUGGGAGCCCUGGUCUUGGCAGUCACACGGCUGUGUGAGACCUGGAGCAGCUGUAACUCACAGCCCCAUCAGCAGUCUGGACCCAGAGUACCCACCAGGACGACAGACUUCUCAGAAUUCUUUCUAUGGAAUAGUUUGGCAUUCCCAGCAUUGGGUUAAAUGCUCAGUCCUCACCUCUUCUCAUGAUAUGUACAGAGGGGAAGGCUAUGGCACUCCCAAAGGGCUAAGUGACAUAUACACAUAGAGCCAGUAUCCCAACCAGCCGGGUCUCUCUGAUUUGAAACCUAUGGCCCACUAUCACACAGGUCUCUGUGGGUCUUUGGGGUGAAUUUCUAUGACUGGGCUAAAUGCCUAAAAUACUGUUACCUGGCAGAUACUCCCACCCUUAAUAGAAGAAAUGCAGCAGGACCAGAGCCCUGGCAGCCCUUAAUCCCAGCAUUGCUCAUGGGAAUGGUUGAGUGGCAGCCCAAUAAUAAAACCCUAAGACCUUUUUUAAAGAGAUUGGGGGGCGGGGUGUUAGUCCUUUGACGACCAUGGUCCUCAGUGUACAGUUGAUUCCAACAGAUUCUCAUGGUAUGUCAAGGAAGGAACUUUCUGUUCCAUCAGCCUGGAGUCCCAGGGACCCAAGCUUCUCUGGACUACACUGUGUGACCCGGGAGAAGUAAAUGAGGACUCUGUGCCCAUUUGCUCAAGGUGGCAGAGACAGUGUGAAAAGCUGGGGCCCUACCAUGUUGGUUUUGAGUUUAUUUCUUUUAAUGGGAAACUGUCAAUAUCGGGCCUUUUUUUAAUGAAAGAGAAAAGGCAUACAAGAGUAGCACCUAGAAUGAAUGUUGAGUGUGAGAAGCACGAACAUCACUUACUCCUUCGAGGAAGACAGUAGAACCCAGGGCCAGGGAGGUGGCUCACCAGGGAAAAGCCUUGGAAACCUGAGCUCAAUCCCAGAACCCUCAGUGGAAGGAGCAAGCUGACUCCCAAAUGUCCCCUGACCUCCACGUGCACGCUGCACCCACAUUCAUAUAUAUCAUACAUGUGUAAUAAUACUUGUAAAAACCCUGAAGGACACUAAUGCCCAGAAUGAUAAGGACUUCCCAGAGGUCAGCACGUUACAGACAAUGCCAGGUGCCCUGGUUCAUUGCCCAUCCCAUUGUGCCACAGAUGGACAGAGCAGAGCUGGCAGCCAGAAUCUCACCUGCCCUGGACUGCCCAACUCGUGUUAAACAGGCAUGCGCCACUAUGCCCACCUGCCGACAUCCUCUCAAAACACAAGACCAGCUGGAGACUCUUAAGUCUUAGAAAUUUGGGUUGUCCACUUUUGGGGGUUAUGGUGAGACACAGUUUCUCUGUGUAGCCCUGGGUGUCCUGGAGCUCAUUCUAUAGACCAGGCUGGCCUCAAACUCAGAGACCCACUUGCUUCUGCUUCCCAAGUGCUAGGACAUUGAACACUUUUUUAGACAUGGGGAAACUUAGUUCUGGAGAGUGUUGCUACAGCUCUCCUGACCUUAGAACAAAUGGAGACCUAGGUUAGGCAGCAGUGGCCUAUACAGUCCAUACUUCACUUUUAAAAUCCUAUCUUAAUUCAAGAGUGAGUGUGAGGAUAGCACUGGCUCCAUUCUGUACUGCUGCCACUUACGACUUACGUGAUGCCGUAAGUAGGCCAUUUGCCACAAGACAAAACUGGUAACCCAGAAGUGAGGACGCAUGGCCGUCUGUAGUUUUAUGUGCCCCCUUGCUCCCCACAGGUGCACCCUUCUGGAGGGCUCGAGAAAGGCUGCCACUGUCUGGGGAUGUGCGUGAGGUUGGUCAGCCUCUUGGGCAUCCUCAGAGUUAAGAGUUCAUGGGUGGCCUCGGGUCCAUCAGAACAGUCACCACUGCAAGGAGCUGCAGCAUGGGCUUUCUCCCGUGGGCAUUUCCCCUUUGUGCUGCCAAAUCAUUUUUCAGUGCUCUCCCAGGACCCACAGCAAAUGUCCCCUUCAGCCUGGUAUCAAAGAGGGAGAUAUGUAGCAGUCAAGUUUAAAGUGGUUUUCCUCCAAAGUGGUAGAGAAAGAAGCAGUGGUUGUCAGAGGCAGAAAGGGCCGAGGACCAGUGUGCCUCCACAACCUGCUGCAGGGGCAUUGCUUUGGAGAGUGUGUCCUUCGUACUCUUCCUCUUCACAUGUGUCUCAAGGACACCUCCACUUUGGGAUCAUUCAAGCCACAUAGGCAGAAUCCAUGUUAGUGAACUUUAUUUUUUAAAUGUGUGUGAAUGUAUGCAUGUGCAUGUCCAAGUAGCUAGAAUCCAAGCCCACACUCAAGCCAAGCCCUUAAGCUGACCACAGUCAAGGUGGGGACUGUGUGUUCUGGUCAUGAAAGUGACCCUAAAAUGUGCGUGCGUGUGUGUGUGUGUGUGUGUGUGUGUGUGUGUGUGUGCUGGAAAUUGAACCCAGCGGCAUCAUGCAUGCUUACUAGGCUCUGCCAAUGAUCUAUAUUCCCAGCCCUGUUUUUACUUUUGAUUUUGAGUCUUCCUCAGUUGUCCAGAGCAGUCUUGGGUCCUGUAGCCCAGGCAGUCCUUGAACUUUUGGUCUCCUUCAGCCUCCCAAGUAGAUGGGAUGACAGGUCGUAAUCACCAUGCCUAUCACAACUGACAUUUUUCAAACCAGACUUGAACCAGGUGUGGUGACACCUCAGUCACGUAGCUCCUUGAGCUAGACUGUCACUGCUCUCUCCAUCCCUCCCUCCCUCACUCCCCCAUAACUUCUCACUGCAUUGCUCAAGCCAGAGUGUAUCUUUUCCAGUUAGCACGAGUAAUGUGGUGGUUCCCAAGUCCCAGGUCACCAUGUUAUUGCCAAAUCAGCAAAGCAUGUUAUAGGCCACAGUCCCUGGGCCUGAGUGAUCUUCCUGUCUAGAGUGGCUGGGACUUCAGAUAUGUGAAAUUGCACCCACUUCUCUCUUCAGUAAAGAAAAAAUAAAAAACCACCAUAAGAAGCAGUGGUGUGGGGUUCAAAUCCUGCCUCGGCUGCUUUUCCUGUGUGCCUUCAGCUUUGGCUGAAGGAGUCUGUCUCAGAAAUUAUGGCACAACCAACGAAUCCCCCCCCUUUCUCUCUCCUAUGAACUCCCCAAUAGUUCUGAGAGUUCCUAUGAUCUGUAAUUUACUACCUUUGUUCCAUUCAGCUGCUCUAGAGCUCAAAGAUGACUAGUGUUCACUUGACAUCUUCAGUUCACUUUGUUUCCAUUUAGUUUAUUAAAAAAAAAAAAUCCGGCUGGAGAGAUGGCUCAGUAGAUAAACACCCAUGGUAUCUCACAGUCUAUAACAGAGUCUAACACUAUGUUCUGGGGUAGACAGCACUCAUAUACAUAAAGUACAUAAGUAAAUCUUUCAAAAGUCUUUCAAAAACCAAAAGAUAUAAAAAUGUAUGCAGUAAUAAACACCCCUCCCUCUUCUACCUCAAGCUACCCAUCACUACUGCUUCAGAGACAAGUUAGUUUCAUCAGUUUCUUCGGAAUCUAGAUUCUGUCUUCCAUCAGCUUUCCUACUUCUAGCUUAAUAAAAGGCUGUCUGUCUAAAGCAGAGUUCAUAAGUGAAGAUUUUCUCUGUCUAAUUAACAGUUGCUAAGGAUGCGGAUUUCUUCAGUUUGUGUCGACCUGGAUAAUUGGAGGUGGGAUCAUCUUUCUGUAAUUUGACUAUACCUUAAAGAACUUAGAAUCCUCCUUUUCUCUCCUCCUAUUUUAGUAAAUGUAAAAGUUUGAUGGCAUUAAGAACAUGCAUGUUAUACAACCACAGCCACCAUCAGUCUGUAGAAAUGCUUCUCUUCCCAACUGGAAACUCUGUCCCCAUUCAACAGUAACCCACUGUCCAUCCUCUCAGCUCCUGUCAAUCCCGCUCUACUUUCUGUCUACCUCGUGUAGUGGAAUCAUGAACCAGUGAUCUUUUUGUGACUAGCUUAUGUCACUUAGCAUAGUGAUUUCAAGGUUCAUCCAUGUAGUUUAUGUCAGAAAUUCCCCCCUUUUUAAAGGUGAGAAACACACCAUUAUAUAUUCAUUUUCUCUAUUCAUUUGCUGAUGGACACUCAGGUCAUUGUGAGUAAAACUGUUGUGAACAUUCCUGCUUCUAGUUCUUUUGGAUGUAUAACAUGUACCUCUGGAUCAUAUAGUAAAGUAAUUCUGUGUUUAAA